UCUCUGUUCAGUACUGUGUUAUUUUUUUAAGUAUCCGACGUAUGUAGCAUUAUUUAGUGUUCUUUUGUGGUACUAUUUAUAUACGUUGAAUCUUUGGAAGCGUUCACAAAGUAAACGAUUUUUUAUCCUGUGAUGUUUUGCUGUGACACUACUGUAUGUUCAGUUUAAAAAGUGUAAAAAUAAGUAGCAAAUGUAAAAUUUAAGGUUUUCGUGAUGUGAGUCAAUUAUAUUUCAUAUAUAAAAAUGGGACAUUUAACAUCUUUAAUACUACUGUUAAGUAUAAUUGGUCUCUUCCAAAUAAGCAAUGGAUGUACCAUGGAAGGCAUAAGUUUAUGGAACAUACCAAUAGCAGUGACUAUACUUGAUACUCACAAGGGACAAGUAUUAGACAGAGCCACAAGUGGUAUAGAUCGAAUGACCGUGGAUCAUGGCACUCUCUUAAACCGCGGGCCUUAUGUAGAAGUGGAACUAAUUAACUCAAGAUUGGUGAUACGGACUAAUGACUUGUAUCCAGAAUACGAGAGACACGAAACCUCACUCUUUAUGUCCAUUACAAUAAAUUUUAGAUGUACUAACGGUGAUAUAAGGAAUUUGGUCGUUAUCAUCAAUGUGGACGACACAAAUAACAAUGCACCGGUAUUUAUUCCAAACGACGAGUUGGAAUUCAUAAUUGCCACUCCUGUGCCUCCUGGAUUUCUAGUUACAGGAUGUAAUGACGGUAUAACAGUACAAGAUAUAGAUCUAACAACACAAAGAAUUGAUUUUGCAAUCGAGGAAAACGAUCUUUUUGAAAUUGCUUAUGAUUCGUCGCUGUCUACUAGGCCAAAAGAAUUCAAAGCUGUACUGCGAACAAAAACACUCAUCAGGACAAUUCAAGAGCCUAUCACACUAAGGAUUAGUGCGACGGACGUGGACAAUACAAAUGAUCCUCCGAUAACAACACACGCUACAAUUCGGAUAAAAAGUGAUACAGAAUUCGAAUUACCAGUGGAGCCUGUGUUUUCACAGAUAUUCUACAUGGCUACAUACUCACGAGACCAUCAACUUGUUCACGAACCUAUCUCUUUGCAGCAAGGCUUCGACGAUGACGUAAAAUUUGAUUUAGAUGGAGAUCAUGUCAACAAUUUCGAGCUUGUCACCAAUAGUAAUCAAGUAUCUAUCCGGGUGAGGAAACCGUUACCAGCUGACGUGAUGUUGGAAACUCAAAUUUUCCUUGUUGUAAAAGCCGAACGAACGUAUACUAGUGGCGCAUCUGCUACCGUUAUAGUACAACUUCCAGAAGUAAUACCAUUGGAGUUUGAAAGGGCGCAUUACAACGGUAUUAUUGAGGAUAACAGACUUCAAUUAUCACAACUAAGACUUCGCCAAGGAUAUGACGGACUCAUUAAUGCUUCCAUAUCGAGCGAUCAUUCAACGUAUUUCACUCCAACAGUAGAAGGGAACACAAUUACAAUAGCAAUGUCACAGCUAAGCGAAAACGUUAUAUUGGACAAUAAUUUUAUAUAUUUACAUGUUGUUGCCUCUACUGACCGUAGUACAACUUCGACUAUAGUCACGCUAGAGAUAAUUAAAGACGAUCACAUUACUCCUGUGUUUGAAAGGGCCUUAUAUUCUGCAUCUUAUAAUUCAUCUACAGGCUUGACCAUCGAACCGAUUGUCAUAGUAAAUGGUUUUGACGCGACUGUAAAUAUAGAAUUAAUUGGAGAUCAUGUGAGAUUCUUUGACUUUAAUCAAAACGGUUCUAAUAUCGCUCUGGUAUCCUCGACCCUGCCUCCAGAGCUAUACAGCGAACAACAAAUCUUACUCACGGUAAAGGCCACUAAACCAAGAACUGUAGGCGCCAGCACUGCCAUUAUUAUAACUUUACCCGAAGCGAGAAUAUUAGGUUUUCAAGAGUCCUCUUACAAAGGAACUUUAAGGGAAGAUGUGUUAACACUCGAAACUAUUGUAUUGAGCGAAGGUUAUGAUAGCAGUGUGAGCUUCAAUAUAUCUGGAGAGCACGCCAGUUAUUUCGAGUUAUUGAACGAAGGAAAUCGGGUGAACAUUAGACAGUCGAGGCCACUUCCCACCAAUGUUAUUACUGACAACAGUUUUAUCGUAUUAACACUCGGCGCGGAAGGCUUGAACGCAGUUACAACAACUGUGCCGAUAGUCUUGGAAAUACUAAAGGAGGAUGAAAACACUCCACUGUUUAGUCGUAAUAUUUACCACGCUACCUAUAAGGGGACAAACGAUAUUGAUAUUGAAAAUAUCAUGCUAAGACAAGGGUAUGAUAGUAGCGUCAGGUUCAGAAUAGAGGGAGAACAUUCUCAGUAUUUUGAAGUUACUAAUAAUGGGAAUAAUGUUAUAUUAUCAUUGAUAUCAGCAAUACCCUCAGAUGUCAUAUUCAGAGAAAAAGUUCUUUAUAUCAAUAUCUUGGCGCACAAAGAAUUAACCGUAGGAGCAAAUGCUGCCCUUUUAAUAAGAUUCCCAGCAGAAAUGACCGAACCGACACAAAUGGGAUUUUCGCAGCACACUUAUACAGGUUCGAUUGAAAACAAUCAUUUAUCUCUGGAAACUGUUAUACUCAGCACGGGUUAUGAUGCCGGUACUGCAUUCUUCCUUACAGGAGAUCACGCUGAACAUUUCAGAGUAACCAAUGACAACAAUAUAGUUUCUGUAACUUUAUUAAACCCUCUGCCGGCUACAAUCAUUGAAGAUAACAAUCAGUUAAUACUGGAAAUAGAAGCUCGGAGAGAUAGAGCUGUGUCGGUAUGGACCAGCGUUAUUAUAGAGAUUGUGAGACCAAUAAUAGAAAUACCUGUAUUUGCCGAGCCCCAUUAUAGAGGUACUUACGUGGAAAAUACAGGACUGCUUUUUGAAGAUCCGAUUUCCUUGUCCCAGGGUUACGAUGAAACAGUAACAUUUGGUCUAGAGGGAGAGUUUGCCUCAUUAUUCACAUUGGUUCAAAAUAAUAACGUAGUUAAAAUAACAACUGAUAAUUCAAUACCAGAAGAAAUAGUUAAUAAUAAUGACAGAUUAUUGUUUGCUAUGGUUGCCAGCAAACCAAACACUACAAGUGCUAGAACUGCUAUUCUCAUUGAUAUACAAACAGAAACUACACCGGAUUUAGUUUUACUCGGUUUUGAAAGAGUCACAUACAUUGGUACGUUUGAAAACAACGAAAUAACUAUUGACCCGAUAGUACUCAGUGAAGGAUACACCACGAACGUAACUUUCACGUUACACGGAGAUCUCGCUCCACACUUUCAGCCAACCUCAGUGGGUCAAACCGUAAGCAUCGCUCUGCGGAACCCCAUUCCUGCAGCGUCAAUGCCUGCUAACGGCAUAAUAGUUCUCGAAGUGCAGGCUUCGGCUCCGGGUGCCGUCACGGCGCACACCACGGUCGUGCUUACUGUUGUCACGGAAAGUGACCUCAUUCCGAUUGUUGAGCUCGUUUUCAGCGCAACCCAUUACACUGGCACCUUUACCGAAGUGGGAGGUCUCGUGUUUACCACACCGAUCACACUAUCUCGAGGAUACGACGCCACAGUGCAGUUCACUCUAGAAGGAGAUGACUCUCAGUGGUUCGGUCUGACGCGGUCACAAAACUCGGCGAUUCUGACUUUAACCAACGCGAUUCCUGCAGCAGUAAUAGCAAACAAUCGAAAUCUCAUCUUCUCCGUCGUCGCUCAAAGACCCGGUAGCGCAGAUGCCAGAAGCACCAUUGUCAUCGCGCUAGCAGACGAAUACAAUGACGGAAUGAGCCUGCUCGGCUUCGAAAGAGUCACGUAUGUCGGUACCUUCAUAAAUAACGCAGUAACUGUUGACCCGAUAGAACUCAGUGAAGGUUACACCCCGAGCGUAACUUUCACGCUACACGGAGAUCUCGCCUCACACUUCCAGCCAACCUCAGUGGGUCAAACCGUAAGCAUCGCUCUGCGGAACCCCAUACCUGCAGCGUCAAUGCCUGCUAACGGCAUAAUAGUUCUCGAAGUGCAGGCUUCGGCUCCGGUGCCGUCACGGCGCACACCACGGUCGUGCUUACUGUUGUCACGGAAAGUGACCUCAUUCCGAUUGUUGAGCUCGUUUUCAGCGCAACCCAUUACACUGGCACCUUUACCGAAGUGGGAGGUCUCGUGUUUACCACACCGAUAUGACUCUCAGUGGUUCGGUCUGACGCGAUCACAAAACUCGGCGAUUCUGACUUUAACCAACGCGAUUCCUGCAGCAGUAAUAGCAAACAAUCGAAAUCUCAUCUUCUCCGUCGUCGCUCAAAGACCCGGUAGCGCAGAUGCCAGAAGCACCAUUGUCAUCGCGCUAGCAGACGAAUACAAUGACGGAAUGAGCCUCCUCGGCUUCGAAAGGGUCACGUACGUCGGUACCUUCAUAAAUAACGCAGUAACUGUUGACCCGAUAGUACUCAGUGAAGGUUACACCCCGAGCGUAACUUUCACGCUACACGGAGGCUUCGGCUCCGGUGCCGUCACGGCGCACACCACGGUCGUGCUUACUGUUGUCACGGAAAGUGACCUCAUUCCGAUUGUUGAGCUCGUUUUCAGCGCAACCCAUUACACUGGCACCUUUACCGAAGUGGGAGGUCUCGUGUUUACCACACCGAUCACACUAUCUCGAGGAUACGACGCCACAGUGCAGUUCACUCUAGAAGGAGAUGACUCUCAGUGGUUCGGUCUGACACGAUCACAAAACUCGGCGAUUCUGACUGUAACCAACGCGAUUCCUGCAGCAGUAAUAGCAAACAAUCGAAAUCUCAUCUUCUCCGUCGUCGCUCAAAGACCCGGUAGCGCAGAUGCCAGAAGCACCAUUGUCAUCGCGCUAGCAGACGGCUUCGGCUCCGGUGCCGUCACGGCGCACACCACGGUCGUGCUUACUGUUGUCACGGAAAGUGACCUCAUUCCGAUUGUUGAGCUCGUUUUCAGCGCAACCCAUUACACUGGCACCUUUACCGAAGUGGGAGGUCUCGUGUUUACCACACCGAUCACACUAUCUCGAGGAUACGACGCCACAGUGCAGUUCACUCUAGAAGGAGAUGACUCUCAGUGGUUCGGUCUGACGCGAUCACAAAACUCGGCGAUUCUGACUUUAACCAACGCGAUUCCUGCAGCAGUAAUAGCAAACAAUCGAAAUCUCAUCUUCUCCGUCGUCGCUCAAAGACCCGGUAGCGCAGAUGCCAGAAGCACCAUUGUCAUCGCGCUAGCAGACGAAUACAAUGACGGAAUGAGCCUCCUCGGCUUCGAAAGGGUCACGUACGUCGGUACCUUCAUAAAUAACGCAGUAACUGUUGACCCGAUAGUACUCAGUGAAGGUUACACCCCGAGCGUAACUUUCACGCUACACGGAGUGGGUCAAACCGUAAGCAUCGCUCUGCGGAACCCCAUACCUGCAGCGUCAAUGCCUGCUAACGGCAUAAUAGUUCUCGAAGUGCAGGCUUCGGCUCCGGGUGCCGUCACGGCGCACACCACGGUCGUGCUUACUGUUGUCACGGAAAGUGACCUCAUUCCGAUUGUUGAGCUCGUUUUCAGCGCAACCCAUUACACUGGCACCUUUACCGAAGUGGGAGGUCUCGUGUUUACCACACCGAUAACACUAUCUCGAGGAUACGACGCCACAGUGCAGUUCACUCUAGAAGGAGAUGACUCUCAGUGGUUCGGUCUGACGCGAUCACAAAACUCGGCGAUUCUGACUUUAACCAACGCGAUUCCUGCAGCAGUAAUAGCAAACAAUCGAAAUCUCAUCUUCUCCGUCGUCGCUCAAAGACCCGGUAGCGCAGAUGCCAGAAGCACCAUUGUCAUCGCGCUAGCAGACGAAUACAAUGACGGAAUGAGCCUGCUCGGCUUCGAAAGGGUCACGUACGUCGGUACCUUCAUAAAUAACGCAGUAACUGUUGACCCGAUAGUACUCAGUGAAGGUUACACCCCGAGCAUCUCGCCUCAUACUUCCAGCCAACCUCAGUGGGUCAAACCUUCUCGAAGUGCAGGCUUCGGCUCCGGUGCCGUCACGGCGCACACCACGGUCGUGCUUACUGUUGUCACGGAAAGUGACCUCAUUCCGAUUGUUGAGCUCGUUUUCAGCGCAACCCAUUACACUGGCACCUUUACCGAAGUGGGAGGUCUCGUGUUUACCACACCGAUCACACUAUCUCGAGGAUACGACGCCACAGUGCAGUUCACUCUAGAAGGAGAUGACUCUCAGUGGUUCGGUCUGACGCGAUCACAAAACUCGGCGAUUCUGACUUUAACCAACGCGAUUCCUGCAGCAGUAAUAGCAAACAAUCGAAAUCUCAUCUUCUCCGUCGUCGCUCAAAGACCCGGUAGCGCAGAUGCCAGAAGCACCAUUGUCAUCGCGCUAGCAGACGAAUACAAUGACGGAAUGAGCCUCCUCGGCUUCGAAAGGGUCACGUACGUCGGUACCUUCAUAAAUAACGCAGUAACUGUUGACCCGAUAGUACUCAGUGAAGGUUACACCCCGAGCGUAACUUUCACGCUACACGGAGAUCUCGCCUCACACUUCCAGCCAACCUCAGUGGGUCAAACCGUAAGCAUCGCUCUGCGGAACCCCAUACCUGCAGCGUCAAUGCCUGCUAACGGCAUAAUAGUUCUCGAAGUGCAGGCUUCGGCUCCGGGUGCCGUCACGGCGCACACCACGGUCGUGCUUACUGUUGUCACGGAAAGUGACCUCAUUCCGAUUGUUGAGCUCGUUUUCAGCGCAACCCAUUACACUGGCACCUUUACCGAAGUGGGAGGUCUCGUGUUUACCACACCGAUCACACUAUCUCGAGGAUACGACGCCACAGUGCAGUUCACUCUAGAAGGAGAUGACUCUCAGUGGUUCGGUCUGACGCGAUCACAAAACUCGGCGAUUCUGACUUUAACCAACGCGAUUCCUGCAGCAGUAAUAGCAAACAAUCGAAAUCUCAUCUUCUCCGUCGUCGCUCAAAGACCCGGUAGCGCAGAUGCCAGAAGCACCAUUAUCAUCGCGCUAGCAGACGAAUACAAUGACGGAAUGAGCCUCCUCGGCUUCGAAAGGGUCACGUACGUCGGUACCUUCAUAAAUAACGCAGUAACUAUUGACCCGAUAGUACUCAGUGAAGGUUACACCCCGAGCGUAACUUUCACGCUACACGGAGAUCUCGCCUCAUACUUCAAGCCAACCUCAGUGGGUCAAACCGUAAGCAUCGCUCUGCGGAACCCCAUACCUGCAGCGUCAAUGCCUGCUAACGGCAUAAUAGUUCUCGAAGUGCAGGCUUCGGCUCCGGGUGCCGUCACGGCGCACACCACGGUCGUGCUUACUGUUGUCACGGAAAGUGACCUCAUUCCGAUUGUUGAGCUCGUUUUCAGCGCAACCCAUUACACUGGCACCUUUACCGAAGUGGGAGGUCUCGUGUUUACCACACCGAUAACACUAUCUCGAGGAUACGACGCCACAGUGCAGUUCACGCUAGAAGGAGAUGACUCUCAGUGGUUCGGUCUGACGCGAUCACAAAACUCGGCGAUUCUGACUUUAACCAACGCGAUUCCUGCAGCAGUAAUAGCAAACAAUCGAAAUCUCAUCUUCUCCGUCGUCGCUCAAAGACCCGGUAGCGCAGAUGCCAGAAGCACCAUUGUCAUCGCGCUAGCAGACGAAUACAAUGACGGAAUGAGCCUCCUCGGCUUCGAAAGGGUCACGUACGUCGGUACCUUCAUAAAUAACGCAGUAACUGUUGACCCGAUAGUACUCAGUGAAGGUUACACCCCGAGCGUAACUUUCACGCUACACGGAGAUCUCGCCUCACACUUCCAGCCAACCUCAGUGGGUCAAACCGUAAGCAUCGCUCUGCGGAACCCCAUACCUGCAGCGUCAAUGCCUGCUAACGGCAUAAUAGUUCUCGAAGUGCAGGCUUCGGCUCCGGUGCCGUCACGGCGCACACCACGGUCGUGCUUACUGUUGUCACGGAAAGUGACCUCAUUCCGAUUGUUGAGCUCGUUUUCAGCGCAACCCAUUACACUGGCACCUUUACCGAAGUGGGAGGUCUCGUGUUUACCACACCGAUCACACUAUCUCGAGGAUACGACGCCACAGUGCAGUUCACUCUAUGACUCUCAGUGGUUCGGUCUGACACGAUCACAAAACUCGGCGAUUCUGACUGUAACCAACGCGAUUCCUGCAGCAGUAAUAGCAAACAAUCGAAAUCUCAUCUUCUCCGUCGUCGCUCAAAGACCCGGUAGCGCAGAUGCCAGAAGCACCAUUGUCAUCGCGCUAGCAGACGAAUACAAUGACGGAAUGAGCCUGCUCGGCUUCGAAAGGGUCACGUAUGUCGGUACCUUCAUAAAUAACGCAGUAACUGUUGACCCGAUAGUACUCAGUGAAGGUUACACCCCGAGCGUAACUUUCACGCUACACGGAGAUCUCGCCUCAUACUUCCAGCCAACCUCAGUGGGUCAAACCGUAAGCAUCGCUCUGCGGAACCCCAUACCUGCAGCGUCAAUGCCUGCUAACGGCAUAAUAGUUCUCGAAGUGCAGGCUUCGGCUCCGGGUGCCGUCACGGCGCACACCACGGUCGUGCUUACUGUUGUCACGGAAAGUGACCUCAUUCCGAUUGUUGAGCUCGUUUUCAGCGCAACCCAUUACACUGGCACCUUUACCGAAGUGGGAGGUCUCGUGUUUACCACACCGAUAACACUAUCUCGAGGAUACGACGCCACAGUGCAGUUCACUCUAGAAGGAGAUGACUCUCAGUGGUUCGGUCUGACGCGAUCACAAAACUCGGCGAUUCUGACUUUAACCAACGCGAUUCCUGCAGCAGUAAUAGCAAACAAUCGAAAUCUCAUCUUCUCCGUCGUCGCUCAAAGACCCGGUAGCGCAGAUGCCAGAAGCACCAUUGUCAUCGCGCUAGCAGACGAAUACAAUGACGGAAUGAGCCUCCUCGGCUUCGAAAGGGUCACGUACGUCGGUACCUUCAUAAAUAACGCAGUAACUGUUGACCCGAUAGUACUCAGUGAAGGUUACACCCCGAGCGUAACUUUCACGCUACACGGAGAUCUCGCCUCACACUUCCAGCCAACCUCAGUGGGUCAAACCGUAAGCAUCGCUCUGCGGAACCCCAUACCUGCAGCGUCAAUGCCUGCUAACGGCAUAAUAGUUCUCGAAGUGCAGGCUUCGGCUCCGGGUGCCGUCACGGCGCACACCACGGUCGUGCUUACUGUUGUCACGGAAAGUGACCUCAUUCCGAUUGUUGAGCUCGUUUUCAGCGCAACCCAUUACACUGGCACCUUUACCGAAGUGGGAGGUCUCGUGUUUACCACACCGAUCACACUAUCUCGAGGAUACGACGCCACAGUGCAGUUCACUCUAGAAGGAGAUGACUCUCAGUGGUUCGGUCUGACACGAUCACAAAACUCGGCGAUUCUGACUGUAACCAACGCGAUUCCUGCAGCAGUAAUAGCAAACAAUCGAAAUCUCAUCUUCUCCGUCGUCGCUCAAAGACCCGGUAGCGCAGAUGCCAGAAGCACCAUUGUCAUCGCGCUAGCAGACGAAUACAAUGACGGAAUGAGCCUGCUCGGCUUCGAAAGGGUCACGUAUGUCGGUACCUUCAUAAAUAACGCAGUAACUGUUGACCCGAUAGUACUCAGUGAAGGUUACACCCCGAGCGUAACUUUCACGCUACACGGAGAUCUCGCCUCAUACUUCCAGCCAACCUCAGUGGGUCAAACCGUAAGCAUCGCUCUGCGGAACCCCAUACCUGCAGCGUCAAUGCCUGCUAACGGCAUAAUAGUUCUCGAAGUGCAGGCUUCGGCUCCGGGUGCCGUCACGGCGCACACCACGGUCGUGCUUACUGUUGUCACGGAAAGUGACCUCAUUCCGAUUGUUGAGCUCGUUUUCAGCGCAACCCAUUACACUGGCACCUUUACCGAAGUGGGAGGUCUCGUGUUUACCACACCGAUCACACUAUCUCGAGGAUACGACGCCACAGUGCAGUUCACUCUAGAAGGAGAUGACUCUCAGUGGUUCGGUCUGACGCGGUCACAAAACUCGGCGAUUCUGACUUUAACCAACGCGAUUCCUGCAGCAGUAAUAGCAAACAAUCGAAAUCUCAUCUUCUCCGUUGUCGCUCGAAGACCCGGUAGCGCAGAUGCCAGAAGCACCAUUGUCAUUGCGCUAUCAGACGAAUACAAUGACGGAAUGAGCCUGCUCGGCUUCGAAAGGGUCACGUACAUCGGUACCUUCAUAAAUAACGCAGUAACUGUUGACCCGAUAGUACUCAGUGAAGGUUACACCCCGAGCGUAACUUUCACGCUACACGGAGAUCUCGCCUCACACUUCCAGCCAACCUCAGUGGGUCAAACCGUAAGCAUCGCACUGCUGAACCCCAUUCCUGCAGCGUCAAUGCCUGCUAACGGCAUAAUAGUUCUCGAAGUGCAGGCUUCGGCUCCGGGUGCCGUCACGGCGCACACCACGGUCGUGCUUACUGUUAUCACGGAAAGUGACCUCAUUCCGAUUGUUGAGCUCGUUUUCAGCGCAACCCAUUACACUGGCACCUUUACCGAAGUGGGAGGUCUCGUGUUUACCACACCGAUCACACUAUCUCGAGGAUACGACGCCACUGUGCAGUUCACUCUAGAAGGAAAUGACUCUCAGUGGUUCGGUCUGACGCGAUCACAAAACUCGGCGAUUCUGACUUUAACCAACGCGAUUCCUGCAGCAGUAAUAGCAAACAAUCGAAAUCUCAUCUUCUCCAUCGUCGCUCGAAGACCCGGUAGCGCAGAUGCCAGAAGCACCAUUGUCAUCGCGCUAGCAGACGAAUACAAUGACGGAAUGAGCCUGCUCGGCUUCGAAAGGGUCACGUACGUCGGUACCUUCAUAAAUAACGCAGUAACUGUUGACCCGAUAGUACUCAGUGAAGGUUACACCCCGAGCGUAACUUUCAUGCUACACGGAGAUCUCGCCUCACACUUCCAGCCAACCUCAGUGGGUCAAACCGUAAGCAUCGCACUGCGGAACCCCAUUCCUGCAGCGUCAAUGCCUGCUAACGGCAUAAUAGUUCUCGAAGUGCAGGCUUCGGCUCCGGGUGCCGUCACGGCGCACACCACGGUCGUGCUUACUGUUGUCGCGGAAAGUGACCUCAUUCCGAUUGUUGAGCUCGUUUUCAGCGCAACCCAUUACACUGGCACCUUUACCGAAGUGGGAGGUCUCGUGUUUACCACACCGAUCACACUAUCUCAAGGAUACGACGCCACGGUGCAGUUCACUCUAGAAGGAGAUGACUCUCAGUGGUUUGGUCUCACGCGAUCACAAAACUCGGCGAUUCUGACUUUAACUAACGAGAUACCUGGAGCAGUAAUGGCAAACAACCGACAUCUCAUCUUCUUUGUUGUCGCUCAAAGGCCUGGUAGUUCUAAUGCCAGAGCUACGAUUGUCAUCUCAUUGAAUAACGAUGCGAACAUAGAAUUGGAUGUGCGUUUUGAUAGAGUUCUAUAUGAUGGAAUUAUUCGAAACAAUGUCGUCGUGCAUGAAAAAAUUCUACUUGAAGGCUAUACUGAUCAAAAUAUUGAAAUAAAUGGCGAGUUCUCGGGUUUGUUCGUGGCGCGGGUGUCGAAUGGUGAACUAUUUGUGCAAAAGUGGAAUUGGGCCACAAUACCAAACGUCAAUCACAUAGCGUUGGAGCUGCAAGUGUCUACUGCGCGCGCUAUUCUGUUGCUUGUCGUAGAUCAUUCAGGUGAAGAGCCUUCUAUACCUGUGGUCACGUUCAACUCUCCCUCAUACAGCCUGAGCGUGGACAACACACAGACUGGCUUCAUUGGACGCGUGGUUGCGACUGCUGACAAUGGAGAAACCAUCAGAUACUCUAUAUCAUCUAAUGAUCAUCUUGCAGACCGGCUCUCAAUAAACGACAAUGGUGAAGUCCAUUUAUCCGCUCCAGCGCCUAGCGGAGUUUAUUCUGCGGUAGUUAUCGCAACUACUGUCUUUACACAGGCCCGAUCUGAGGCUACGCUCCACAUAACCGUGACCACAGUAACAACUUGUGGUGAUGACAACCUGGUGUUGCCACCGUUAAUAAUCCUAAACAGAGACGAAGAAGUAGCUCAUCAAAAUCUAGUCGUUCUAAACGAAACUGAGCAUCCAGGAUGCCGCUUCGUUCUUACCAACCGUUGGCCAGCUAAUCAGUCGUGGCUAUACAUUGAUGAAGCAGGAUUACAUACAAAGGCAAUCGACAGAGAGCACGAAUCCAUAGCUUUUAUGACAUUGUCACAAGUCCAAGUGGAACUCACAUUACUAUGUAAUGAUGAAACCGCUAGAAUGAAACGCUCGCUUGAUACAAGACCAGAAUGGCUUAGUCGGUACGAUUACGGAACUAAUGAAUGGAUCCUAACUGACAACAUUUCUUACAAUCCCAGGCGAAGUUUAGUCAAUUUAAUCGUCAAUGAUAUAAAUGAUAAUCGUCCAAUAUUUAUCGGAAAAGAAAAUGAACCAAUCGCAGUUGGCUAUCCGAUAGACGACUUAGUGGAAACUGUUAUGCCCCGUUCUUUAGCGGAGUUACAGGCGACUGAUGCAGACGUCGGUAUAAAUGCAGCUUUAGUUUACUGGAGCACUGAAGAAUUGAUAUCAGUCGCGCCGACAACUGGCUUUGUUCACGUGCGGGAUGGAGUCAAUUUAGAAAACAAUACACGGCUUGUAAUACACGCUACCGAUCGGCGAGGCACAGGUCUCAGUGGCUCCAUAGAGCUUCUGGUAAAAUUAAUAAACACAGAAAAUAUUGUGAUUUUAACUGUUAGAGAUGCUUUCCUUGACGAUGAGUUCAAUAUUUUGGCUGAACUAAGCACCGCCCUUGGGUACGAGGUGAAAGCUCUGAGGUCAACUGUUAUGCCCGCUGGCGGUCAAGCAAAUCGAGAUGGCAGUUCAAGGAAGCAACGUAACACGCAAGCAACCGGAUCGUCCCUACAGCUUUAUAUUUAUGGAAUGAUGGAACGUGAACCGGUGUCUGUUGAACGACUCACUGCUGAUGUAAAUAACAAUGCAAUAGUCGCGGUCAAUGUUGCGAGCGUCGUAUCGUUGGAAGAUUAUCUAGAAGGUCAAGAGAUAUGCGUCAUUCCAGGACGUGAUACCGGCUUGUUGGUAGCGACCAUCCUCCUUAGCAUCCUGCUCUUCAUACUAAUCGUGUUGAUAGCCGUAUGGUUUAUACUAAAGCGACGAAAGGAGCGAAACAAUUACGACGAGUUCAGUGACCAAAACAGCUUAGCAUCCAGAAAUGAGUCACUCGGCUCGCAACCAAAAAUAAUAAUUGCACCAAAACCUAGACUUAAUAUUGAUGAAAUAAAGAAAAGUGAACGGAGACUUCAAGAUAUGUUGCAAGCUACUGCUCCAGAGCCAGAAGUUAGGCCGACGACAUCGAGGAACGAAUAUCCACCAGAAUCUAAAGUUGAUAUGUCACUGAUUGAUUCUCCAGCACCAGUCGUGACUGUUAUACAAUCAAUAGAUAAACUAAAGGAUGCUACCGAUGAAUCAGACACAGAUGAAUUUGGGGAAGUCCCGACUGCUAGAAGAAAAUCAGUAGUCACUUUCAAUGAGAAUGUAGAAAAGAUUAUCCAUGUGGAAGACAAUGAUAAUUUAAGCGCAGAGCCGGAUUACGAGAUAUAUAAAUUGUAAAUAUAAUAUAGCGAAUCACGCCUGUUAGAUGGCAUGUUUCUGACGCAUUAACAAUUCUGCGUAAAUCGCCUAUGUAAUACAAAGAUACUCAAACAAAGCCAUCUUUUACUUGUAUAUAUAGGUAAAAUGCUGUGACUAACAUAAAUUGAGAUAAGUUAAGUCUAUAUUUAGUUGUAUACUAAAAAUAUAAUAAAAUUUAUUUAUUUAUAA